UCGAGCAUUCAGAUUACAAAGCUUGAGAAGUGAAUAUUGGCUGUUUCAAUUCGACGAGACAUCCGCGGCCAUAUUGUGGUCAACUUCCAUUAUGGCGCCGCAUUUGAGCAAUGACGAGUUCUUCGCCUCCUUGACAAAUCUCUUCACCAACACCACCCAAAAAACAAAAGGAAGCAUCUACCUCACCCAGAAACGCCUCCCAUCCUCCUUUUCGGACCAAUCGACCCCCGAAGGCUCAAUACUUGUCCGCGCAACAGAUGGAAGGACACAAAACCCCAAUCCGAGAGACAGCAAGGAUUCCAAAGUGAGCAAAAAGAAAGUAGCACCAAAAGUUAAGAUAUCUACCGUCGUGAGCCCGGCGGAUUUGGAGUUGUUCUUUGUGCGGUAUGCAGAUGUUUGCAAGGCGGGUAUGGUGGCAUUAAAGAAGAGGGAUCGCAGUGCGAAGAAGAAAGGGAAGGCGAAGGCGAAGACUACGAAGGGUUGAUGUGAAAUUAUGGUCGGAUUUUCGGGUUUGGUAAAGGAGGUUGGCUUUUAAAGAAAAGAGAGAUUUACUGCAUAAGCCGGCGUUUAUACUUGGAUGUUUACUGGGUCUGAUUAAGUUAUUAGAAUAAGGAGUUGUCUCAAUUCCAUUUACCCUCUUACACCAAUGAUGGACGAUUUUCGAUAUGGUUUCGAUUGGUCAACUGAGUGAUAGUCAGCUCAGGUACAUACACCGACACAUUCAUGCAGGAAUAUUGCAAGUAACGGGAUUAUGUGUGAAAAUACAUGAUUUAACAACAAAACGACAAUUUGAACAGAAAGAAGUAGGCAAGAUUAAAAAUACACUAGAUGUUCUAAUACAGCUAUGGUGACAAAAUAUAAGUGCGCGCUAUGAGGAAGAAAACAUCAGGUCAUGUCAAUAAGUAUCAUGAAGUGAAAUAGGAAAUAUUCGGACAAUGGUGUAUGCAUGGAAGUUGUAUUAAAAUUUCGACUCGAUGGAGAGGAGGAGUAGUCAAGGAUUCCGAUAUUGAAAGCACAUAUGUGCGACUCGCUGAACUGUAGUUCGUUCAUUGGAAAUGUCGGCAUCACUCUAAAUCAGACAAAUGGUUGGUAGGGUCUCCCAGAUGUAAGGAAUGCCGGAAUGCGCCAGGGGUUGUGUCGGGCAACCGGAAACUGUCCUCAUCUUCAUCACGUUCCUUCGUUUCUGGAGUAGCAUCCGAUGCAACUCGUUGCGCGCCGUCAUCAGUCACGAACUGGGCUGCAAGGUGAAUAAAGAACAGAAGAAGCUGGAGAGGAAGAACCAGAACUAAGGAGCAGGCCUUGUCAAAUAGUAAUGUUGUCAUACUUUUUGAUGGCCGAGGUGAUAGAUACUCCAAAGUGGAAGCUGGGGGUAAAGGCGAGAGAUCCCGAUUUCUGAAGGAUCUAGUUCGGCGCAAUUCCAUUAGAAUAUUUUCCCUUCUAACUAGAGUUCUUGGACUAUCACAUGAGGGUUCCACUCCAGUCGCUAGAGUAGCAGUGACAUCAGGCAAUUUGGGUUUAGAAGAGGAAGAUGAAGUAAUGGUAUUAGUACUCAGUUGACGUUCGUUCGGUUCCCGUGGAGGAGACGGUGACUGAUUUAGGUUGAUAUUAGGAGUAAGCUGCGCCGGAGAAAUUGAUUCGGGUGUUAUAGUGGCUGUCGAAGUACCUCUGUUGUGGUUGUGCAAACGCUGAUGUGGGAGUGAAAGGUCCGGUGAUUGUUCAUCUAACGGCGAUGCUGGAUGACUUGAAUAUGAUGGCGAGGGGGGGGCUUGUGGCUCCUGCGUCAUGAGAGAAUGGAAUGAUAUGCUAUCGUCCUCGCUGUCUGAUUCAGGUAUCGGCUGAAAUCUAGCGAGUAUGUCGUGUACUGAACGUGCUGGCUCCGUGACCGAUCUCUUCGAACAGAUCAAUUGGUCUUCUGUCGCGUCGGGCGCACUAUUGUUGGAAAAAUCAUCAGACAGGCUAGAAUCAAAUUGUGGUACACCCGUUAUAGUUGUGGAAGAGCUAUCGUCCGUAGUCUCGCCAUCGUAUGCAUCCAAACCAUCGGUCUGUCGAACUGUGUCCACAUCAUUCACAGCAUUUGGCCAUGAUUUACCCAGCUCCGAUCCAGCCGGAGCGCUUUCUCGCCGAUAUUUGGGCCGCCAAGCUCUUUUCUUCUUCGGUAUAUGAGCUUCCGCAGGCAGUGGUACACUAAAACCGCGCUGAAAAGGACAGGGUGUCACUUCAUAGCGAAGAACUUUAGCCAAAGCGCUUUUGAAAUUCUCGAUUAGGUCCGCAUCUUCCGGUGUCUGGUUUGGGAGCUCGAUGCGGUAAUAAGUCAAAGACCGGAUACGCAGCACAAAGGUCGAUUUGCCGUCCACACACCAACAUUGAGAGUUUUUCAGUAUUGCCUGCACGACGUUUCCACACUUGAGAAAGGGAGAUAGACCAGUUGGAAUUUCUAGCCUUAGACGACCGACAGCAACUGUUCUUUCCGUGGGCGACCGCCAGGGCAAGGUUUCGAUCGUGUCUACUGGAUAGUCACAAUCGAUGGAUGGUGCGGAUUGUGAUGCUGUAGGGGGCGCAUCGGGAGCGAAUUUGACGAUUUUGGCGGACGAGUGGAAAAAGAGCACGGGAUUAAAUUCGUCACGAUUAGCAGGUGUUUCGUUGAACUGCCGUCUUUCUGAAAUGAACUUUGAUGGUAAAGUUGCGGAUCUUCGGAUUGGCGCAAUGCCAGCUCUAGGUAGUUGGCUCAUGGUGUGUGCAUGAACCACUUGGGAAGGGUGGGCAAGGACGCAGUUCACAACUCAGAAGGCACCGCGCGCCAUGGUGGCUUCGUACGAGACGAGGUCGAGGCAGAUCAUGAACCGCAAGAUAGAUAGCUAUGGUUUCUGUACGACAUAGGUCGGACAUGGAUUGGCGGGGAAAAUGGUAAAGGUCACACUCGGCGGCAC